CUCUCUCUAUAAACACCAUACAUACACCCUUCUCUCUCCUAUUCAAUUCCAACUGUAUCUCUUCUAAACUUCUAAUCUACAAUCCAAAUUCCAACAAAAUAUGGUUGUGGGGAUGAUGAAAUGGAGGCCAUGGCCACCGAUCUCAUCCAGAAAAUUCGAAGCCAAGAUUAUUAUUCAACGUCUUCAAGGUUCAAUUGAGAAUUCUCAAGAUUAUUGGAAACCAUAUGUUGAAGUUAAGUGGAAAGGGUCGAAUAAGUCGAUCAAUCCGCUGAGUUUUAAGCGGAGAAGUGUGAGGAGGAAUGUUACGAAGGAGGGAUCGUUGAAAGAUGAUGGGAUUGUUGAAUUUAACGAAGAAUUUGUUGCUGUUUGUAACUUUUUGGGGUUGAAAGAUGGGGGUUUUCAUCAGUGGGAUGUUGCAUUCAAGGUGUUUGAUGGAUUAAACCAAGGACCGAAAAAUAAGUAUUGUUCUAUUGCAAGUGGAUCAUUGAACCUUGCGGAAUUCGCUUCAUCUGCUGAGCAAACUGAGACCGAUAUAAGCGUUCCUCUUUCUACUCCUAAUGGCAUCACUGAAUCUGGAGCUACACUUAAUGUAUCUCUACACCUUCAAGAACUGAGGACCUUACACGAGAGUACGGAACAAGGACAAAGAACUGUUAUACCUCUUCCAUCAUCACCUCGUAAUGUACAAGACGAGUCAUCAGGUUUUAAAGCGGGUCUUAAGAAAGUCAAACUCUUCAAGACCAUAUCGAACAAUCAGGCUAAAAAACCGUGUCGUGAAGAAGAGGGUAGUGAUGGAAAAAGCUCGGUUAGAAGUUACGAUGCUGACUACCCGUUCGACACUGACUCCACUGAACCAGAUGAAGUUGACUCCGAGGAAGUCAAAGAUGAAGAAUCUGCUGUUAGAAAAUCUUUCAGUUAUGGAACUUUGGCUUACGCGAAUCAUGCUGGAGGGUUAUCUCACUUUAAUUCGGGUUCUAGUGAAGAUGAAGAUUUGAUAUAUUAUCGGAACUAUAAAGAAAAAACCGAUUAUUCAAGCGAAUCGAUUAUUGAUCCUGCGGAAACACAAAUCCUGAAACGAAGCAUCUUCCCGUGGAGGAAAAGAAAGCUGAGCUUUCGAUCCCCGAAGAACAAAGGAGAACCGCUUUUGAAAAAAGAUUCUGGAGAAGAAGGUGGAGAUGAUAUAGAUUUUGAUCGCCGGAUGUUGAGUUCUUCAGAUGAGUGUAAAAGUGACGAGGACAUGAACGCAAACAGAUGUUCGAUCUCCGAAUUUGGAGACGAUAAUUUUGCCGUAGGUAGUUGGGAGAAGAAAGAAAUAGUAAGCAGAGACGGGCAUAUGAAACUUGAGACACAAGUUUUCUUUGCUUCAAUUGACCAAAGAAGUGAACGAGCUGCCGGUGAAAGUGCAUGCACCGCUUUGGUUGCAGUUAUAGCCGAUUGGUUCCAAAACAACUGGAAUGAAAUGCCGAUAAAGUCACAGUUCGAUAGCUUAAUUCGAGACGGUUCAUUAGAAUGGAGAAAUCUUUGUGAAAAUGAAGUUUAUAGGGAACGGUUUCCAGAUAAGCAUUUUGAUCUUGAAACCGUUCUACAAGCCAAAAUCAGAAAUCUUGCAGUAGUCCCUGAAAAAUCGUUCAUUGGAUUCUUUCAACCUGAAGGGAUUAAAGAGGGCGAUCUUCAUUUUCUUGAUGGUGCUAUGUCGUUUGAUGGCAUUUGGGAUGAAAUCAGUAAAAUUGGGUCAAGUUAUACCGACAACAUGAACCCAUUGGUCUACAUUGUAAGCUGGAAUGACCAUUUUUUCAUGUUGAAAGUUGAACGCGAUGCGUAUUAUAUUAUCGACACGUUGGGAGAGAGGUUAUACGAGGGGUGCAAUCAGGCUUACUUGUUGAAGUUUGACAAAGACACGGUAAUCGAAAGUCUACCAAUUGAUACUCAAAAGUCAAAUGAGACACCCGAAGGCGAAAAAGUCAAUGAAAGUCAAAGUAACGAGAUCUCAUCAGCGGUGGUUGCAAGUAAAGAUAAUGAGAUCGUGUGCAAAGGGAAAGAGUCGUGCAAAGAGUAUAUCAAGAGCUUUUUGGCUGCAAUCCCGAUAAGGGAAUUGCAGGCCGAUCUGAAAAAAGGGUUGAUGGCAGCAUCAACUACUGUAGUUCAUCAUCGGCUGCAAAUCGAGUUUCAUCACACGGAACACUCUUUGGCUUAAGCACGCACUAAUACAACAGCUAUUAACUUAUGAGAUAACACAGGUCAACUGUUUUUGUUUGUCGUUUUUGUAGCCUAACGCCGGCCCUGUUUUUCAAACAUCGUGUUUCUACUCGAACACUUUAAAUGUAAAUGUCUAAAGUAAUAUGUAUAAAUCUGUUGAAUGUUCGGUGUUGAUUAA